AUGUACUUGCAUACUCCGUACAAGGCAGUGUGGACUCCUCCCGGCCCGGGCUAUGAUCCCACGGAGCGCUUGACGCAGCAACUUUCACAUUUGGCCAUCUAUGAGCAGCAAGCACCGGCGCCGGCGCCGUAUACUACACCGCCAUCUCAGCAAGCUGCUGCGCAUCCGACUUCGGGGGGACCGACGGCUGCCGCAUUGCCAGCUCCGGAUCCUGUCUCCAACAAUCCGAACUAUGAUUUGUACCGUUACGGCCCGCCGGUCUGGGCUACGUCCAACAUCGGGGCAUGUCUACCGCCAGUGAACUAUCAUCCGCAGUCCUAUACGGAUGCCAUUCCAACGUUGGAGCUGGGGUCAGACUGCACCACCGAUGGCCUCCUACAUAACUUGAAUAGUACAUACCCCGGCCCUUCACUCGUGGAGACGAUUAGAGAACCGAAAUACUCUGGCACAAGAGGGCUCGAUUCCUCUAUCGAGCCGGCGAAGCCCCUGCUGAUGGCUUGUCCAUAUCUGAAGCACGAUCCGUCGAGGUAUAGUCAGAGACGGAGCUGUCGGGGAGCGGCGUUUCCUAGCACGCACCGGUUGAAGGAGCACCUACAUAGAACUCAUAGGCAAAAGCCCAACUGUCCACGCUGUCGCAGCCUCUUCAAAACCGAGGCUGAAGUCGGGACGCAUCUCAAGGCGCAGACUCUGUGCAACGUCGUCCAGGGCGAAGACACUGUCGAGGGGUUUGAUGCUGCUCAGGAGAAGCUUCUCAAGAGUAAGAAGCGUAGAAAGGGGAUCGAGACGGAAGAGGAUAAGUGGAGAGAGAUCUUCAAGAUUCUCUUUCCUAGUCACCGAGAUAUCCCGGAUCCUUUCUACAAGACCUCUCUCGAUGACCAGACCGCCACGAGCCAGGCGUCAGUACGGGAGCAAGACGAUGUCGAGAGCAUUUUUACUAGAGAUAUACCAUCGCCAGUGGAAGAGGAGAUGUCCUCGGAACUGGAGGAGGCCGUCGGUGGCCGCUUGAGCAAGAAGAAACGAAGAAAGUUGUUGAAUGUGUUCAAGGGUUUCGCCGUUAAGAUGCUCCGUCAUUCCACAGAGGGAGACGCCAAAGACAAGGCCAUCACACUCGCCUCAAAGUCCAGCCAGGUCGAGAGGUCCUUUGCCAGCGCAAGGUCCGCUGGGGCUCCGGAGAAGCUGCAGCGUGGUAAGGCUAGUGGCAAACCGAACGACAAAGUGGGAGGGGAGCAAGACGAGAUCAACGCGGUUCAGGAAGCAACGCAAACCAGAGUGCCGCCAAUGGAUCCGGUGAUGGCCUUGAGUACCUGUCAGUCGGUAGAAGCCACAGAGACCCGCAGCAUCCCGUUGGAUUUUCAAGCCUUUGGUCUCGACAUGGACUCGGAUAUUGCUUGCUGGUCGGCCUGGGAUGCGGCGUUAUCCAAUGACAAUGGCGACGCAUGGCUGGAUGACUUACUGGGUACUGGAAAUGCUUUGCCAGGAGGCCUCGCCCAAGCUCAAGACAAGACAUUUGGGGUUGAACCUAUGAAUACUUAUGAUGGAGUUAAUACUGUUCCUACGCGGGCUCAACAUGUCGUAGGUCAGGAUUACGCAUCUUAG